GGGGGGAUGAGAUUUUGCCGUUAAGCCUAAAGAUGCCCUCCGAUCGGAAUCGAACGCUCUUUUUCGAGCUGUAGCGCACGGAUACGCCGCCGCAGGGGCCGGUAGAUAGACGUAGCGAGUCGUUGUGACCCGUGCGACUACGCAGCGGUGAGGCUACAGCGGGAGCAGUGGACGAACGCGCUAGCCAGCUCGGCCUCAGCACCUCGGUCUCGACUUUUUUUGCCUGCGCUCACCGUCCCUUUGACAGUUUUUUGAGUGGACACCGAUUGACGCAUGCAGGCCACACGUUGUGCGCUCGUUUUAGCGGCCGAGAGCCCAAGUUUUUAACGCGAUUCCCUCAAAUUUUUCUUGUACCCCAUCCCGGGAGCCUUCGCGUAUUACUCUUAGGGCUUCUUGGGGUUCGCCUUUAAGCACGCGUCGCCUUCAAACGGGACGCUUUUCGUAACACUUCGGAUACCGUCAGAGGUCCGUGCGGGAUUUCUUUUUCGGAAACGACCGAAGACUUUCGGAGCCCGUUUGUCUUUCGAGGAGCGGAGCCAGCGACUACUGCAAAGUGCGAGACCAGGCUUUUUCUUUCCCAGUGGUAACAUGCUGAACCGAGAAAUAGAACGGUGUUUAAAGAAAGUAACCGAAGGCGUGGAGCAAUUCGAGGACAUUUGGCAAAAGGUCUACAAUGCAACUAACACGAACCAAAAGGAAAAGUAUGAGGCCGACCUUAAAAAAGAGAUUAAGAAGCUCCAGAGGUUACGAGACCAAAUUAAAACAUGGAUGGCGUCUAGCGAGAUCAAGGACAAGCGGAUCCUUAUGGAUAACCGGAAGUUGAUAGAGACGCAAAUGGAGAGGUUCAAGGUGGUUGAGCGGGAGACGAAGACCAAGGCAUACUCGAAGGAGGGCCUGGGUGGCGCGCAGAAGGUGGACCCUGCCCAGAAGGAGAAGGAGGACAUUACCAUCUGGCUCUCCAACUCCAUCGCCUCGCUCAACAUCCACGUCGACCAAUUCGAGAGCGAGCUCGAGUCCCUAACCAUUGGUGUCAAGAAGAAGAAAAACGACAACCAGGACCGAGUAGACGAGCUGAAGUCACUGCUGGCGAGGCAUCGGUAUCACAUCCUGCAGCUCGAGACCCUAAUGAGGAUGUUAGACAAUGGCACGGUCGAGGUGUGCAAAAUCAAGAAGAUCAAGGAGGACGUCGAGUACUACAUCGAGUCUUGUCAGGACCCGGACUUUGAGGAGAACGAGUUCCUGUACGAUGACCUAGACCUGCGGGACAUGGCGGACUUCCUGACCAAGGCGAGUGCAGCCACGACGGGCCUGGAGCACGCGGACAACAACUGCAUCCUGGACUCGGCGACGCCCAAUGCCAACGACGAAGCGCCGGGUGCAGACACGCCCGCCUCCACCAACUCGAGCUCACCGGUGCCUAGCCCAGGGCUCACCAAUCAUUCCAGGUCUAGUGAGCAGAGCAGUCAAGCGGUCAAGACGGCGCGGAGUGUGGUGGCCAACUCCGGCGUCGUCAAUGCGACGGUCAACAGCAAGGCACCAGCGCCCAUCACCUCUCGGAACAACAGCACAUCGUCACAGAGCAGCAGUAACAGUUCGCCAUCGGUCAACUCCCAUCAAAAUCAUGCGGUGGUGUCCCCACCACUAACGCCCUAUGCCGUUGCAGCGGCAGCGAACGCCAAAGGCACGCCCUCCCCUCCGCCGUCGACGGCACCCUCCAUCGACGGAGCGGCCAACGCGGACCACCAGGGCCAUUUCCACCGGGCACCCUCGCCCACACAGCACAACAGCACCAAUGCCACCACAAACAACAGUGGGUCACAGCAACUGGCGCACAGCGGGACGACGACGCUGGCGGACCACGGCAGCACGGUGUCGUCUGCGGCAGCUUCCUUGUACGCCUCGUUGGCAAGUUCUCAAGGCCGGCCAAGCUCGCCCACGGCGCCGUCGAUACUGCACAUGAACGGUCCCAUGGUCGACAAGAGCGGGGACUCAAUGUCGUCGCUGAAGUCGAUAGCGGAGCAGGCGGUACUAAACGCUGGUCUCGAGAGUCACCUACAGUCACCAUCCUCACAGCAGCAACAGCAGCAGCAGCUUCAGCAAACGUCGCUCCAGCAGUCACUUCAGCAGACACUUCAACAACAGCAGCAGCAACAGCAACAACAACAGCAGCAGCAGCAACAAGUGCAGUCAUCGUCGUGUGAGCGAAGUAUGUUUGAGUCCGUAGUGGGCAGCAAGGAAGUUCCGCGGCCGCAGCAGCAGCAACAGCAGCAACCUGCAGCGACGACGGAGGCGCACAUCCCGCCCCUAAGAGGCGUGGCCCCCCUAGGCCCCGCCCCUCUGUCCAAGGAGUGCUUCUACCAGCUGCGGCUGCUGGAGGCCGCCUCCAUGCACAUGCCCCACCCGUCGGACUCUGAGCGGCUUAGGCCUUACCUUCCGCGAAACCCGACGCAGGUGCCCAGUUACUACCCACAGACCUUGCCUCACUGCGACACGGUGGAGUUCUUCCAGAAGCUGUCCACCGAGACGCUCUUUUUUGUAUUCUAUUACAUGGAGGGAUCCAAGGCACAGUACCUGGCAGCCAAGGCCUUAAAAAAGCAGUCCUGGAGGUUCCACACCAAGUACAUGAUGUGGUUCCAGAGGCACGAGGAGCCCAAGACCAUCACGGACGAGUACGAACAGGGGACGUACAUCUACUUCGAUUACGAGAAGUGGAGUCAGAGGCGCAAGGAAGGUUUCACGUUCGAGUAUAGGUACUUAGAAGACAGAGAUCUGAACUGAGUGGGGUCUUCUUCGGCGCCCAGUCGUGCAGCCUCGGCCCCCGGACUCUCUUCAAACUCCAGCAGCCUGUGUCUCUGCUCCCCUACCGCUGCGACCCCCCCGCUUCGUCGUUGCCGUUUGUCAUUUUCCGUUUUUUUCACGACCCCUCGACCCUUGGUUUUUAUUUGAUUGUGGGUUUUUUUUAUUCAAUGCAUCGUUACUCUGUUUUUCGUUUCUCGCGCAUUCCCCCUUCGGCGCAACCGAGCACACACUUUCACCCCGUCGAUUUUUCUUUCCUUUUCUACAAUGGUUUUUUUUUUUUUUUUUUUCGUCUCUGCUCGGUUGACGCUUUUCGGCAUCAUCGUCACGUCAGCGCAGGGGGGACUGUGUGCGAGGAAACAGAAAACACCGGAAUGCCCUGUGAGAGCUUUUUUCGUUUCUGUUUUCGUCGGAAGAAGAGGACCAUACGUUGUUGUGCCGCAUUUCUCGGACUCGGCAAGCCAUCAAUGCCGCCCACCACUUCGCCGGGGGACAACACACACACAAAAAGAAAGCCUGCCAGCGUUUUUUCGUCGUGCCGUAGUAGUGUUCAAGUCUUGCGUUUUUUUUUUUUCAUUAUUUUUUUCUUUAUCUCCUCUGGCCUCUUGUUCGUUGUUUUUAUAUUUAUUUUUUACGUUCGCUACCUCUCUUGGUCUUCUUCUUCUUCUUUGCUCAUCACAAAACAUCCUCGGGGGUUUCUUUUUUCGAAAAAGAGUGAGAGUGACUCGUUGCAUCAGCCACAUUGCCACAUCAAACCCCCCCGUUUUGCAGCCUCUUUGGGACGAACUUUUAAGAGUGAGCUGGGCAGCAGGGCACUAUGUAUUUACGCAACUACCCGCUCGCGUCGGGCGCGUCGCGGGAUGUUGCCACGGAGCGUUAAUCGGCUCCGCGCACGGCUCUGCGAGGUGCCAGACGAAAGGGGCCUGUUGCGCAUGGAUGUUGCGAAGCAGAACGAUGUCGAUGUACAAAUUUAUGGUGGCGAAACUGGGGAGCGAAGGGAUUUUCGAAACGGAAAAGCAAACGGUGUGUACGUGGUCAACUGGCAACCGGCCGCGCGUCAUUUUCAUUUUUUCAGUACAAAAAAAAAAAAAAAAUGCUGUGGUAGUUGGGAAACGGUUUUGAGAAACUUGGGUGGUGAUUUGUCCACUCUUAGACAUUCCCCCCAAGCGUUUUGCAGGUUAAGUUUGGCCUGGAUUUUGGAAUAUAGUACAACCAGGAAGUACAUUUGAAACAACAGAAAUUGAUUCGUAUCCAAGAGUGCAGCUCAGCAAUGUAGAGAUCCUUCUGGUGCUUCUGUUAACGAUUUCCAUCUCUUCGCUGUUAUAGCCUUCUCCGCGUCUUCCUUCUCUUUUUAUUGUUUGUUUCUGUUCAGCUUUCAUCUUGUACGAUAAGCUUCAGUACUUCUUUUUGAUAACUGCGAACACAAACACAUGCUUUAUUCUACGUUGUCGACACAUCCUACCAUUCUUUAGUUUCCCCAUCAUCUUAAGUGUCAUUCACAGCACGUGUUGUACAUAAAGAAAAAAAAAGACAUCCUUCAAUCUUCUUUUUUUCUUAUUUCCUUUCUCCACGCAUUCAUGCGUUGCAGAAGCCAAUGUGGGUCAUCUCUUGCUGGGCAGGCGCAUUUAUUUCUUACCACCUCGUAGUAGUGUGGUAGAAAAAAAUAUGGCUGUCGUCGAUAUGCACGUCAGUUCCUUUGCUCCUAGUUUCGUUCAUACCAAUGCCAAAAAAGAUUCGCACCAUUAUCCACUCACCAAUGAGUCAAAGUAACGUUCCCAGCCGUUUUCACAGCGUUUUUGCACCAUUGAACGAGCCCAGGGGGACACCUUUAUGAGUAGUGGUUUGUCGCAGGGGGGUGAGCGGCAGACGGCUCUGUGUCGAAAUAUUUCCUUUCUAGCGCGUUUUUCCUUAUACCCAAAGUUUCUCGAAAGACUAGUCUCGCUUGCAGAAGGGCCAAAAGAAAAAACUUGCUGACGGCAUUGCCUCGUUCGUUGCGGAGCAUCGUCGACACAGACGCGUCUCCUGCCGCAAACGAAAUUACGGACUGGCGCGCGAGGUGCUCUCUCAUUGGCUGAAGCUCGCAGUAGUGACUGUUCGGUAUUCCUUUCGUAGCACAAUGUGGCUGCUGAUGUUGAAUGAGUCAUCAUUUUUGUUCUCCACACCCGGCUUGUCGGGGAGAGCGAAGUCCGGUGCUGGUUUUGAAAAGGGAGAAAGCGUGUAAAUAUGUGCGUGACAGUGUACAUAUAUAUCUAUUAUGCACGUGCGUUAUAUAUAUAUAUAUAUAAAUAUAAAUACAAAGAAGCCAAUUUGAUUAUCGCCGUGGCCGUCUCUGACUGUGCUGGCAGUGAAGGUUUUACAGGAAGUGCGGGGGUGGUCGUAGCUGCAUUUAAGUUCUCUUAGUCUUUCUCUUUUUUCCUGACGCGCGACCACCACACCGUCGUUUUUUUAUUUCUUUUUCCCAGAUUGCACCUUUUUUGAGAGAAACGGGUGUGGGUCUGUUUGGAACACUGCGUAAUUAUCGGCACGCCGUUAUGAGCUGCCAUCAUAGUCUUUGUAGUGCCUUCAGCAAGUGUUGUGGGAGUGAUGAAUGACCCGGCAUUGCCGGUUGAAGGUGAAUUCGCGAAGACGUAUCUGGAAAUGAAAAGGAAACAAACAUAAGUCUAGUGAAGCUGUGAUUUUAAUUGCUGGCAAUCACAUGAUGGAGGUUCAUUUAGAAUUGUUCAACUUUUUUUUUAUUUCUAUGGGUGACUCGCUGCCCAUCAACUAUGGUAGUUGAAGUGGGAGCAGUGAUGCAAACUGGUGGGGGAUAUGUCAAGAAACUUUGUUUCUUUUUGCCAGCUCAGUCAAAGGGGCACCGUGCCCAAGCACUGGACUUCGGUUUUCUGUCUUGCCGUGUGCGUCGUUUCUUUGUUUUCAUACUGUCAACUGGAAUGGUUUCUUUUAGAUGUUCCUCCGGGCUUCAGAUAUCUGUUUGUCGGAAAUUGGUGCGAGUAGAGGUGCAGUCGCGUCGUGGUUGCGUUUGUCGACGACCAAACGCAGGCUGCGAAAUUUUCUUUUUACCAAGUUGCCCGCUUGUUGCUGCGAAUCCGUGCUCGAUGCUCGUGCAUCGAAUCGGAGGCAACGAGAAGGGAGGGAAGAGAGUUGCGUUUUAAAUGUACGUGGCUGGUUGCCAGUGUGCCGCUAUGUGGUCUUCUUUUUAAUGCUCCAAAAUAGAUGUGAUUAAAAAGAAUGUGUCUAACAUGUAACCGGGAUGUACAAAAUUUAUUUCUUUUACUGUCAAAAAAAAAAAUAUUGGAAGAUGCAGCGCUCCAACAACUCAUUCUGUGUGUUGCCUUGGUUUUUGUGUCGAUGCCAUCGAGUGCUGCUGCAAAAGGCAACGGUCUUGCGAAGUCUGGCAAACUCAAAUUUUAACACGCUCUGCAUUACAUUGGCAGUGUACGAUUGUCGAAACGAGAUUUGCGGGCGUGACGCUCUGGGAAAAAAGAAAAUCGAUAAAAACACAUUGCGAAAUAUCUGUCGAUCCAUUCGGAUUCUUGUUCUUUGAAAACCACCGAGCAUCAACGAACAAAUGUACAUAAAAGGACAGUCACUUAAACUGUGGGGGCUUAUUCAAAAAGUACAUUGACAAAAUGUAAAUCUCCUGCGUAGAACUUGCUGCAGCUUCGCAGCCUACGUAUGGUUUGCUUCACCAGCCCGCUAAGGUCGUCGCCGACUGCCGCAGCACUCUUGGCGGAGAGGAGUUGGUUUGAACGCUGUUGCAAUCGGAGUAGAACACACAAAAAAGGGAGUAAUAAUGGUGUAUGUGGGAAAGGGUGCUUUUCGGAGGGAGUUUGUAAACCGAGCCAAAAAAUGAAAAAAAAAAUGUACACGGGUGCGUUUGAGAAGUGUGUAAAAGGGAGGGUUGUUGCCUGGGGUUUAAAACAAAACUAUAUCCGAGGGGCCGUGGUUCCACCAAGGGGUUGUCAAGGGAACACAAGGUUUUUGCAGAUCUCGCCGCGGGGCACUGUGUAAAUAAAUAUUUCAAUAGGGGGGGCCGGAGAAACUGAGCGUUUCCCCGUCCCCACUUUGGAGUCUUUGGACUUUAAAAGUCCCCCC